AUGAGUACCAUUGGUGACCAACACGACAUCGACUACGCUUGCCCUUCUCCUUCCGCAAAACCAUCAUCAUCAUCAUCAUCAGCAGCAGCAGCAGCAGCAUCACCAUCAUUAGUAUCAUCUCUUCGUCAGACUAUCGAAGAUCCCCAGAAUUCUCGGGUCUCACGCUACCAAAAUACUUACUUUAUGGACGGAGGCAAUCGGUUCAUUUCCUUGCCAACACUCGGUAAUACAACAACAAAAGCCGCGUCUCAUAUCUCACGUAUUUUUGAAGAAUGGCUCCAGCAGAAACUCUACAAGGCUACUUUUGACCGACUGCCGAUCCUCGAAGACAGUGUCGAACUUAUUGCCGAAGAUGUCCUCAAUACUCUCAAACUACGCUCCUCUCUGCGUGGCCUGACCGGUCUAUCGAAUGCGUGUGUCAAGAUCAGAACAGGCCAUAUCUACACAUACCACCAGCUCGAAGACGGUCAGCCUCUGAUCACAGAAGAAAUGGAAGACUUCUUCCAGCAGUUCCCCCUCUUUAUCGAAGUCAUCGUCUACACCAUGACCCGCACAAACCCACCUGACCAGGACUAUCUCGAACUCAUCAUCUCUGUAGAGAAUCUUACCGUCAAUCCCAACCAACCCUACAGUUUAUCUGAUCAAAUCUACAUUUAA